GACGCUGUCCACCCUGAAGGCGAACAUCGGCCGCCUCGAAGCCGUAGGAGAAGCAAAGGGUGUGGACUUCGCUUUGAUGCAGGAGAUCUUGAAUGAGGCCGAUGUGUCGAAAACCGUCGGCAGCAUGAGGUUCAAUUGCUUCUUGAGGCUCUAUAACGACGCGAUGCGGCGUAUUGAGCAGAGGCAGAAAACAGAGAGGCUCCUGCUCGGCGACAUGGAAUCUCAAGCCAACCUCAGGUUGCCCAGGCGGCCGCCGGUGCACGCGGUCAUCGGCCCCGUCGGCACCCCGCAGCUGCACCCGGAGCUGGUGGCGACCCCCUUCCUUCUGCGCAAGGGGCCAGGCCUCGGUCUCGGCAAGGACGCCGUCGGCGGCGGCUUCUGCUCGCCCCCCGCGCGGGAGCCUCCCAGACCUCUGUGGCGGCAGCCCAGCGCGGGCGGGCUCCCCGGCGGCAGCGCGGCGCAGGUGCUGCGGUGUAGCCCUGGACUGGGAGCGUCAAUAUCGGCGCCCUCGCUGCCGCUGCCCGCGCUUGCGCCGCUGCGCGCAGGCUCACAGGCCCGCGCCGGGGUGCCACAGGCCCCCAGCGCUCCGCCACCGUGCCCUGCGCGGAUGCGGUUCAUCGUCGGGUGAGGGCCGCGAGAGGCGGCCGCACGCGGGAGGGCCGCUGGGGCGAAGCUCCCGCACCUCUCUCCUCCUGCCCCCACUCCGCCCUCCUCCCCCG